AUGUAAAUAAAUAAGAAAAAUUAUAUAAAUAUAAAUAUAUAUAUAUAUAUAUAUAUUUAAAUUAUAAUUAUAUUUAAUAUAUUUAUUAACAAAUAUUAUUUCAUUUCAUUUCAUUUAUAAUAUUUCUUUUUUAUUUUCUAUAUUUUUUAUUACUUUUUAUUAUAUUAAUUAUUAUAUUUUAAACUUUUUAAAUUUUUUUUUUUUUUAACUAUUUAUAAUUAUUCUUUUUUUUAUAUAUAUUUUUAAUAAUAUUUAUUUAUAUUUAUAAUAUUUUUUUAAAUUAUUAAAAAUUACAAAUAUUUUUUUUAUACAAUUAAAAUUUAAUAUUCUCAAAAAUAAAAUUUAUAAUAAUAUGCUAAUUAACAAAGUAAAACAAAUAAAUAAUAUUAUUAAUAAAAAUUUAAUAAAAUAUAAUAAAUGGAAGUUUGGAUAAUAAAACUUAUAACAUUUUUCACAAUGUUUUUAAUUAUAUUACUAACCGGAAACAUACCUUUACGUGUAAAAUCCUUUAAAGAAAAUCCUCGAAUAAUGUCCUUAUCAUCUGCAUUUGCCGGUGGUUUAUUUUUAUCAAUAGGAAUUUUACAUAUUUUACCUGAAUCUUAAGAAUAAUUUUAGAAAUAUUACCAAAAUCAAUUACCCGAAUAAUCGCAUGUACAAAGAAAUAUGUAAAAAGAAAAUAAAUAAGAGUAUUUUCCAUGGCCAUAUUUUAUAAUAGUGAUAAGUUUUGCAUUAAUCCUUUUUAUAGACAAAGUUAUAACGGGUGGUCAUUCAAAUGAGGAACAUAAUCAUAUAGAUUAAAAUUUAUAAGAAGAAGACUAAAGUAAAAAAGCUAAUUUUAUAGAAGAAAAAUAAUAAUAAUUAGAAAAAAUAUAAAUUAAUUAAAGUAGUUAAGAAUAAAAAUAUAUAUCAUAACUAGUCAGAGAUGAAGAUUCUCAUAUAAGAAUGAGUUUAUCAAAACAAAAAAAAUAAGUCGAAAAAAUACACUAAGAAAUUAAAAAAUAAGAUUCUUAAAAAAACUUAAAACCUUAUAUACUAUAAGUAGCUUUUGGAAUACAUGCAACAUUAGAAGGAUUGGCUAUUGGACUAGAAAAUAAUUGGAUUAAAUGCUUAAUAUUAGUAGCAGCAGUACUUUGUCAUAAAUGGGCAGAAGGAAUUACGAUUGGACUAUCAUUUAAAAAAGCUAAUAUUGAUUUAAAGGUAGCUAGUAUAAUGAUCAUUAUUUAAGCUGUUAUGAAUCCUAUAGGAGUAGGAAUUGGAUGGAGUUUAAGUAAUUCAGGAAGCUUAGUUAUGGGCAUUUUUAUGAGUAUUAGUGUCGGGACUUUUCUUUAUAUAGCUACUUUGGAAGUUUUAGUAGAAGAGUUUAGUGAUAAAAGAUUUAGGUUUGAAAAAUUUGUAUUUUUUUUAAUUGCAAUAGGGUUUGUAAGUAGUUUAUGGUUUUUAGAAUAGGAAAUAGGACAUGAUUGA